GUGUGUUCCUCCCGAGCCGCUGAGAGCAGAGAGCUCCCUUUGUGAACACAUGGCUGGCUGCUGCUUCGUGUUGCUGGCUCUCCUCUUCCCUGGCGUUGUAAGGUCGUGUGCCCCUCGAGCUCCUCUAGAUAGCCGAGUUCUGAUAACAUGUAUAUCGUAAGCCUUACUUAUCUUUCGAUAGGGGAACUGCGUUGCCGGAUAUUUUUACAUCUGUUCAACAUAGAGGUACCUUUGCACCUGAGGAUAAAGGGAAGCGAAGGAUAUGGUGUGAACAGGGCAAGUAAGCAGGAGACGCAGCAGCGGUCGGAUGCGCCGACCCGCAGCUGAGGGAAACCGCCAGAUCAGGAACAGAUCCACACGUGGAAUUGGGUAUCACGCCAGAAGUGACAACGCCGCCUCUGUCAGCCGACGGGUCCCGGCAGUAGUACACCGAUUCCUCACUUCUGCUCUGUCUUUUUCACCGAUCCUUACCACGCUAACAGUCCGGCCCCUGGGUGGCUUUUCAGCAUAAGGUGUUGUUGGUAUCGCGUUGUUCCUCUUGCAUUAUCGAUGCUUACUGAUGCCUAAGAAAAAUAACAGUGCUAGCGAGCCAGGGCCAUAUGGCCAUAGAGUGGAUUACAGAAAAGAUGAUUAAUUUAAACUGAACUUCACCCAGUUUUCAGUGUUGUUCCUCUCCCGAUGCAGCCAGCGCGAAACAUCAACAAUUUCCUUACGUAUAAACAAUGUUAGCUGUGUGUGGCAGUGGCUGUGCGUGCUCUACUGGCGAGAUAUACCAAGGAUAUUCGUUUCCUGCAAAAUGUUCAUCGAAAACUAACUCUCGUGUGUGUAACAUUUCCGGACAAACAUGGCAUCGGUGUUUGUGAUUCUGGGUGGCUAAGAAAUGUUUUUACAUUUUGUUUUGACCCUGGGAAUCUGUAAGUUGCAUGGGCUGCUCCGCAUGACCCUGAGAAAUCUUAAACAACGAGUUGUAUUUGGAUUUUUCUACGUGUGGCCGCUAAAGGCUUGAGUGAUAACCAGUACCUUAUAAACUAUGAAAAGACAACUGACGCUUAGCAAGAACUAAACGAUAUCUGUAUGAUUAUUACCGCAAAAAACACAUUUCGAGUUUAUGAAGACAGCACACUGCUUUGAAAUCCAGUCGUUCGAGUUACUAGCAGACUCGUGCCCGCCGGCUACAUACCUGUCCUUGAUCUAAAUAUCCCUUGCGUGCGCGUGGCCGGCAUGAGCUUCUCUCGCCUCAAGCUGCGUGACCCCCGCGAGCUGCUGGCCCAGCCCUCCGACUCCAGCGCGUCUGUGCAUGCAAUGGCAGACGCUGCGACGACUCCCGCCACUCCUACGACGCCUUCCACAUCUGUUGACCAGCCGCCUGCGCUUCAGUCUCCGGUCGCCCAGUCGGCCCCCGCGCAGCCACCUGCAACAGAGCUGCACCCAGCGCCGCCAGCCGCCAGGGCUCCCCUCCCUCCGCAGUCGCCCCCGGGCCCUCCCGAGGCGCAGCCAGACGCCCCUCCAAGCGCCACCAGCGAGCGCCGGGACGCCGAGCCCGUGCCCAAGAAGCGCCGCCUGCUGGAGGCCUCGGAGGCCGCAGACGCGCAGGAGCCCUCAGCUCCCGCCAAGCCGCUCAGUGACCCCCAGGACAUCCUGGCGAAGGCGUGCUUCGCCGUGGGCAUCGACUCCGACUUCGCCGAGAGCGUGGUGGAGGACCCGCUCCCGCCGCCGCAGCAGGGCUCCCAGCUGCCGCCGCAGCCGCACGCGGAGGGUGUCCACUACGUGCAGGGACUCCGCCCGCCCUACCCUGGCGUGCCCGCCGACGUGAGGCUGAGGCAGCCUGAGGUGCGCCUCCACCCCGGGAUGCCCCACCCGGCCGCCGUCAACGGAUCCUACCCGAUAGCCGAGGCCCGCGUGCAGUACCACCAGUUUCCUCCCCGCUUCCACGAGCCGCCCUUCCCGCUGCCGCGCCGCGUCCCCGUGCAUGCCGACCCGCGCCACUGCCACCCGGGCCCGCCGCAGCCCAGGUACCAGUACGUGGCCUACCCGCGGGGCGUCCCGCCGCCCAGGACCAUCCUGGUGUCAGAGCGGGUCCCUCCCCCGCACCACCCCGUCAUGCAUCAUGACCCGCGCCUCCCGCGCCCCCCGGCCGGGCAGCACGACCCCCGCGCGCCGCCGCCCGCCGCCAUGCACCACGCCCCGCGCCACCCGUCCCCGCCGGCGCUGCAGCACGACCCCAGGCUCCCUCCGCCGGACUACCGCCAUGCGCCGCGCGUGGUGCCCGAGGCGAGGCACAUGGCGCCCGGGCAGGAGGUGCGCUACAGGGUGCCCAUCAACCACCACGAAGUUGCCAUCGUGGCGCCGGUGGGGCCCGCCCCCUUCGUGCCCGCAGACGGCAGCCGCCCGGGGCCUCCGCGACCCAAGCUAGAGCGGCCGCACCCCUACGAGAUGUACACGCCGCCCCCCGGGUCAGCGCACUCCCCGAAGGAGGCUCCCUACGCCCCCGUCAGUCCCCACGCCCAUCCGGGGAAUCCCCACUACGGGCCUCCGCGCGUGGUGGACAGAUACAACAAGCACCCUUACGGUCGCGCCGAGAUGAGUCGAGAGUCAGGUCCGUGGCACGAACAGGCGACUCCCCCCCCUCAGCACUCGCCCGAAGCCCGGCCUCGGCCUCCAGAGCCCGUCCGCUCGCCGUACGCCAGCCCCCAGGAAGGCUCGUGGGCGGCGAAGCGGUAUCCCGACGGGCAGGACAAGGCGGGCGAGUUCAUUCCGCCGCAGAGACUGAGGGAACCGAAGCCGUGCGUCGAGCUCAUUCCGCUGAGGCUCCCAGCCAACCAGGAGAAGGAGAGGAAGAUCGGAAGCGAAGCGAACCCAGUUCCGUCCAGUCCAGGGCCUCCUCAGAAGCACCAGGCGGCAACGCCCAUAAGCCCCGCCACGGUCACGCCCGUUACCCGCAAGGCGUCUGAAAAAGGAGCUCCGGCCGAAAAAUAUGCUCGGAUUAAUAAUCCUGACGACGACGAAAUUCAGGAAGCUUCUCAGGGCAACGGUGGUCUCCAGUUUCCAUCGGGCUUAACUGUGACGGAGGCAGCGGCGCCGCCUCCAGCACACCACAACGCAGCUGCGAAGCGAGAGAACUCCAAGGACGUUUUUGUCUAUCCAGAAAAAUCUGACGAGUCUGCUAAGCGGUUAUACAGUGAUUCAGAUAAAGCAGGAAUUACACAGGCUCAUGCUGAACUGCGGAAGACAUCAGAAGACUCCACGGAACUGAACAGCAAACCGCCAGAGCCCCAAGAGAACUCCAAAGAAAACGCGCCAAAAUCGGCUCCAGCAUCGGAACUAACCGGCAAUAAAGACGAAACCCUUGACAUGAAACAGGACAGAGUUGCUGCUUCGAAACGACAAGCGGAAAACGGUGGCCCUCAUCCAGAGAAGGAAGAAAGACUUCAUCAACGAAGUUUACCCAGUGAUUUACGCGUUUUGGACCAAUAUAAUAGCCUCUACAGCUCCUACUACGUGAGUCAAGGCAGAUCAGCUUCUGAGCCUCCGCCUGGAGCAGUAGGUCCCUCUGCGAGCCUCACAUCGGCCAUGAGACCAGCAUCGCUCCCCGCCGCCACUCAAAUAACCGUCUCAAACCCCCCUCCGAACAGGAACCUCGCACCCCCCGACAACCUGGAGAUGAACGGGAGAGCGAAAAUACCCACGGAGGAUAACCACGACAACGACGAAGUUUUCGUUGAGCGCCUGAGAUUCGUGCUGGAUGACCUCGUGUCCGUUCCCGAAGCCACGUUGCCCAAGGCGACGAGGUCCCCACAGCAGGUGUUAGCGUACCUCGUCAGGCAAGGGGGAGCCAAGCCGUCCGAACAUCCUUGUCUUCGGGAGAGACUCAGAGAAGACUUUCUAACCAUGGUUAAGCGGUACAUGCCGGGCAGCACCAUAGCGGACUGGGGCUGGGACUCGUGCUCGCCGGAGCAGAUCCUGGACCAGCUGAUCAAGGUGUCCACGGGCGGCAACGAAGGCCUCAACGGCGGCGCCCGUUCCUCCAGCACCGCCUCUGCCAUGCAGGACGACCCUCUCGAGGACGACGUCUUCACCUCCUCCAGCGACGGCCCUCAGGGUCCGAGAACCGCACCCGUCCCCCAUGCCCUUCCCCGCCCCAGCCUCCCCAUGCCUCCCGCCCACACAGCGGCGCCGCCCACGACGAGUCCCCAUUCCCCUAUGCCGCCCAGCACUAGAAGUCCCCAAAGCUCAGCGCCAUCCACGGUGACGGCAGGCGCUGAAAAUCCAAAGGAGGAAGUCGCCCUGAACAGUGCGUUGCGGCCCCCAGUUCCCCAAAGCUCUGUGCCGCCGACUCCAGUCCCGGUCACUUCGCCGUUAGCAGCGCCUACAUCUCACGCAUACAGUGCCAGUGCUCCAUUCCAACACACACCCCCUGCCCAGACGAGUCCACGUGUCCCCACAUCCCAUGCAGCGUUUCCCCACACAACUGCCGCUAAUGCAAAGACUCAGCACGUGCCUUCUCACACAAUGGCCCCACAUACAUAUCCUGUCCACACAACAGCUGUACACGUUUCUACCAGUUCCCCGGCAACUUUGUAUACAUCUAACGCAGACCCAACAACCCCGCAUGUAUCUACCACCCUGACAAACGUCACGCACAUCCAUUCUAACGAUGCAAGGGUAACGAAUGCAUCUACCGGUUCCACAACAGCCCCACACGUGAGCUCUACCCACACAAGUGCUCCAAUGGCAUAUCCAAAUCACACAACUGCCGCACAGGUAUCAACAACGUACACAACAAUGCCACACUCGCUUCCCACCACAACGCAGGCCUUGCACUCGCCCGCCCUCUACUCAGCGGCCCAACACAUGCACCACCUCCAGAGGUCUGCCUCAGCGACGGUCACACCAGACGCUUAUCAGGACGACAAGCGACACUCUGCCUCUCGCACGGUCGUCCCUCAGCCUGUCACUUCAGUCCCUUAUUCUGCUCCUUCAGUGCCUUCCGUUGCCCAGUC